AGUUUCGAGCGAUAGGCAAUUUUUUUAAUUUCUCUUUUUCCGGCAAUUCAAAAUGGCCAAACUUCUUUGCACGAUCUGGGCAUUGCUAUUCAACACUGUGGGAAUAUCCAUUUUUCAUACGUGUUUUUCAAAUUCGAUCGAAGAUGAAAACGGAGAAACAAUACUUAUCGGUCCACCCAUAACAGGUUUUUUAUUCGCCUCUGGUGUCUACAUAAUAAUUCUUAAAUUGUCAUUAUUUCCAACGUCAUUUCGUAAGCUCAAGCCAUCUCUCCUUUGUCUAUACGAGUUCCUCACGUGUUCCUUCAUCCUGGAGUUUGCCAUAGCUUGCAUAUGGGCUUCCAUAGACCAUUUCCUACUUACCACCAUACCGAAAAUACUGUGUCAAAUAUUAAUUCGUACGGGAUACGUAGAUAUUGGCGCUUGGAUAACAGCAAAUAAGAGUAUAAUGGCACUCCUCAAUUUCAUAGUAUCGCUGUCAUUUUUCCUUCUGUCGCUACACGUCACCAGAUCCGUGGAUUUUACGAUUUGGACGGACUGUGGCGCCGUUGAAUUCGUCCAGCACGUGCAGUACAGACUGUUAGAAAAAUUGAUGAGCGAGUUGCCAAGGAUCGGCCACGUGAAACGUCAUCGCAGAGGUCGUAGACACGGCCCGAGCAGAAGUCGAAGCUGCGACGAUGAUUCAUAAAUAAGAAAACGAGACGUAAUUCG